UUCCUACAAAACACGUCGUUUGGUGUUCUAUUAUACAAUUAUAAAUCCUUAUAAAUUUCUUACAUGUUGUUAAGCUUUCAGAAGUAAUCCAUCUAUCCAUUUCAGGGUGAUUCUUUUUCCUAUUGAUUGUUCUGUACAUCGCGAAUAUCUUGCAUUUUCAACAGUAUCACUUAUGCAUUGUAGCUCUUCAAAACGUCUACCUAUCCCCUUGGGUUGAAGUCAAUGGAUGUGACGUACUGAAGUCUCCUAUUCUUGACACCAAAAUCUCUAUCGCUCCGUAUUUUAUACUCGGAGGAAAACAGUUCCAGUUUUAAGUUCGUAUUCAGCACCUUUUAAGGUUGCCGAAAAGGGUUUGAAAUGAAUAAUUUCGCAUCUGCGAUAGGCGAUAUACUACUCAAGGACGCAUCAGACAGCUCUUUACAUGCAUAAUAUCUUAACUGUUUGUACUGGCUGGCUUCCAGCUCAUUAGGUGUUAGCUGGCAGCGAUAGUGGCCAUAUACUGUCUGCUUGAUUACUCCCACAGUCCUUGGUAGCUUGGUACAGGCUGGGUUAAUGGCUGAAGUAAAUAAGAUAAGUGACCUACUCCCAACCACCCCAACGUCGCCUUGUACCAUCAACCCGCCGAUCUUCAUUGAGAAAACCUUAUCUUCUCCACGUGGAGCGAACCUACCUGAGCCAAGCAGUCCAGGGUCAUGUUGUUUUUCAGUGAGCAAAUGUUAUUCAGCUAGGGUCAAGGCUGGCUUGCUGUACCUUAGGGGGAAGCCUCUAUAAAUAGGUCUGGGACAGCAGAGCUGGAGACAGGCGUACGCACGGCGGACAGAGCUUUUCUGAUCCAAAGCAUUUAAGUAGCUGCGCGGCCAAGUGGUACAGCGCGCAAGGGCGAUUUACAGGCUACCUGCGCGUUCACCGUACCAAAUUCUUUUAAGCCUCGUUUAGUUGAAAAGAUUAAGUAAACGAUGUCUUGCCUCGAAGAGCCCAGCGACAGAUGCCAGUGUUCCGGCUUCAGUGUUCGGCAGUCCAACGCCAUCCUUUACAAUAUUCUGAGCCGCAAGGACAGCGACCACCUCGCCCACAGCUACAUCACGUCUCCGCACAGCUGCCACUGCGAGAUGCGGCGGACUGUUGGCCUCAAGAACCCGGACGAGACGUGCCAGGUAGCUUCCGGCGUGCUGGUCAAAACGAUCCACUUCAUGAAGAACCUGCCUUCCUUCUACCAGCUCCCACUCAAGGACCAGCUGGCUCUGCUGCAGAGCGGCUGGGCGCCGCUGUUCAUCCUGGGGCUGGCGCAGGAAGGGGUGGCCUUCGACGUGACGGACACGCCGGCCGCCAGUUUGCUGAAGAGAAUCCUGCUCAAGGACCAGGACCAGGACCAAACCCGGCUGGAGCACUCGGACAGGGCGCAGCCCACGCUGGACGCCGUACAGAAGCUGAAGUCUUGCGUCAAUAAGUUCUGGAGCCUGGAUAUGAGUCCAAAAGAAUACGCCUAUUUGAAAGGAGCGAUUCUUUUUAACCCCGAUGUCCCGGGCUUGAAAGCGUCUCUGUUCAUCGAGAGCAUGCAGCAGGAGGCCCAGAGAGCUCUUCGCGAGGUGCUGCUCCCUCUCCACCCGGGAGACCGCGGCCGCUUCGCCCGCAUCCUCCUCACCGCCUCCGCGCUCAAGACCAUCACGCCGAGCCUCAUCACCGAGCUCUUUUUCAGACCUGUCAUCGGCCAGGCGGACCUCUUAGAACUACUCGCCGAAAUGCUUUUCGCCCGAUAAACGAGGAUACAGGAGCUCAGGUUGCUUAAACUUAACAACACCCGUCGCGGAGCCGCUGAUUUGAGGGGACAGUGUUACAGAGAGCUUGGUGCACUCUACCUGGGAACACGCACGUCAUGUCCUGCUAUUAAAACUGUCAUGUUAUGGUCUAAAACUUGGGCAAAAAGGUCCGCUAAAAUCAUGCGAAGUGAGCAAAGAGACAUUCUCGCCUUGCGAGUUUCAAACGGCGACGAUACGCAGAAAAUCGUUUGAGAGGAACAGCCUGGCUGUAUUACAGAGGGGACUCACUACUCGAUCAGUUUCGGUGUGUGAAUUUGGCGUAUCUCUCAUACGCUGUGCCAAGCUUUCGAUGUUAUGAUUUAGAUAUAGAUCUUUCAGCUGAAAGGGCAAACCUGGUUUUGUUGGCUUAACAGAAUCUUCUUGGAGAAAAACGUCACUUUAUUGAUCCGAAUCACUAUUUUAUGUUUUUUUUUAAAAAACUCCUUUAACACGUCCGUAAAAAAUCCGUGUGCAUGAGUGUAUGUGAAUAAAUUAUAUAUUUUUUAAAAAAAGUUUCUGUAACACGUCAUGAAAAACGUGUUUAAUAAAAAUGUGUUGAUA